AUGUCCUAUCCCGAUUAUAUCGAUGGAGAACCACCAGUGGUGGGUAUGAUACAAUACGACCAAGCGGCCUGGGCCGGCACCACGAGUAUCGACAGGCAGGACGGCGUUUACGUGAUCGUGGAGACGGCAGAACCAACCAAAAUAGUGGCAAAAGUGGACCCCAAAGACACCUUGAUGUUGGAUAUGAUCUUUCAAGAUGCCCACAAAGAGUACGCCAAGCAGAUCAACGACAAAAACGUACAAACGAAAUAG